UUCUCAGUUCAAAACGAAAUCUACGAGGAAAAAGUUCAAAUAAAAAGUGGCAUAGCAGAACCGCUGUAUUAAAAACGAGUUUAGAAAAAAAAACAAACAAUUAAUUUUUGCCGCAGCAAAUAUUUGUAAUUGAAGUGUAGUUAACAAAUGGUACAUAAUUCAAUCAGAAAACUUUUAAAUUAAAUGUAUUAAUAGUUAACACUGCCAUUAUUUUAUAAAAUCUCUUAUUGAGAUUAAAAAAAAUUAUUUUUAACUGAUAGAACUGGAACUGACAACAUGUUGAAAUUUAUACGUGGCAAAGGACAACAACCUUCGGCUGAAAGGCAGCGUUUACAAAAAGAAUUGUUUUCAUAUAAAAAGACUACUCAACAUGGAUUUCCACAUAAGCCUUCAACUUUGGCUUACGAUCCGGUAUCAAAAUUAAUGGCCAUUGGCACACAAACGGGAGCCGUGAAAGUGUUUGGACAACCAGGCGUCGAAUUUUAUGGCCAACAUACGUUUGUUAACAAUUCCGGAGCUGAGCUCAAUAUACAACUAAUUGAGUGGGUGUAUGGCACGGGUAGACUAUUGUCUCUGACUGCCGCUAAUCAGCUUAUAUUGUGGGAACCAUCUGGUGCAACCUUGGUGGCUAUUAAAGUAUUACCCUUCGAUGGCAAAUUGAAAAAAGUCUCCUCACUUUGUUGUUCGCUUAACAAAGAUAUUGUUUGGAUUGGCACAGAAGGCGGUAAUGUUUAUCAAUUCGACUUGCAAACAUUUGCGGUAAGAGAACCGGUUAUCUACCAUGACGUGGUAUUGGAACAAAUACCGCCGUCCUAUAAAUUAAAUCCUGGUGCAAUCGAAUCUAUACGUCAACUACCCGAUGAGCGCAAUAAAUUGUUGAUUGCCUACAAUCGGGGUCUGUGUGUCCUAUGGGACUUGGAAACUUCAUCUGUGGCCAAAACGUAUAUCGCACCGGGUCAUGGUCAAAGUGUGGGAUUAUUUAUAAACGCUAAUGGUUCUCAGUUUACUUGGUAUCAUGCUGAUGGCUCUUUUGCCACCUGGAAUUUAAGCAAUACAGAUCCACCCAAAAAUGUUAAUUAUGUACCAUAUGGUCCGGAUCCCUGCAAGAGUAUAAAUAGAUUAUUUAAGGGUAAAAGAGGAACCGUGGAUCUAUCCAUAUUUUCCGGUGGUAUGCCCAGAUCUGCAUAUGGUGACCACAACUGCAUAUCGGUUCAUGCUACAGAUGGCAAUAAAGUUUGUUUAGAUUUUACCUCUAAAGUUAUUGACUUCUUUGUCACGUAUACCGAAGAAACCGACAACGCCGAAGUUCUUAUAGUUCUUCUGGAAGAAGAGUUUUGUGCCUAUGAUUUGACAGAUCCAAAGGUUCCACCAAUUAAGGCACCUUAUUUACAUUCUGUUCACGCCUCAGCUGUAACCUGCAACUAUUUGUCGUCACAAGUAACAGCUGAAGUUUAUGAGAAAAUUGUGAAAGCGGGUGAAGAUCAAGAUCAACAUUACAGCAACGCUGAUUGGCCUAUUAAUGGAGGCUCAUUGCCCGACGAUGAGGAAGAGGAUAAUGAAACUACUACUCAAGAAUAUGAAAUUUUAUUGACGGGUCAUGAAGAUGGCUCGGUAAAGUUUUGGGAUUGCACUGGAGUGGUUCUCAAACCGAUUUAUAAUUUUAAAACUGCUUCACUGUUUGGUCAUGAAAAUCAAGAUGAUUUACCUGCUGAAAACACCGAGCCACUGGAUGAAUCCGAGCCUCCCUUCCGUAAGGCUGGUUUAUUUGAUCCCUAUUCAGAUGAUCCCCGUUUAGCUGUAAAGAAAAUAGCUUUGUGCCCCAAAACUGGCCGUCUUAUUGUGGGCGGUACGGCUGGGCAAAUUGUUAUUGCUCAUUUCGAAAGCGACGAUGAAAAUAAAACUCCCUUAAAGGCCAGCUCUAUGAAUUUGGUUAGCGAUCGCGAUGGUUUCGUUUGGAAAGGACACGAUCAGUUGACUGUACGCAGUAAUCUUUUGGAAGCUAAUGCCGAACCGGUAGGCGAUGAAGGCGUUCAUAUAACAGGGGUUUUACAAGUAUUACCUCCGGCCAGUAUUACAUGUUUAGCACUAGAAGCUGCUUGGGGUUUAGUGGCUGGUGGUACGGCCCAUGGUUUGGUAUUAUUCGAUUUCAAUAAUUUCCUACCGGUAUUCCAUCGAUGCACUUUAAAUCCUAACGAUCUCACUGGCGCUGGUGAACAAUUGUCCCGCCGCAAAUCCUUCAAAAAGUCGUUAAGAGAAUCAUUCCGUAAAUUGCGAAAGGGACGUUCGACGCGCAAUAAUCCCUCGAACCAAGUGCCCACUACUCUUGAAGCUCGUCCUGUGGAACGUCAGGUUGAAGCUAGAACCUCUGCCGAUGAUGGCAUGGGCUCUAUGGUGCGUUGUUUAAUUUUUGCCAAGACUUAUAUAACAAAUGUCAACAUCACAUCACCCACCUUGUGGUCGGCCACAAAUGCCAGUACGGUAUCGGUUUUCUUAUUACAUUUGCCACCUACGCAAACUGCCGCCACUGCUGUGCCUCCGACUGGUGGCGAUGUGGCACCUGCACCACCACGCCGUGUCUCUGCGCAGUUAGCCAAAGAAAUUCAACUUAAACAUCGUGCCCCUGUUGUAGGUAUUGCUGUCAUUGAUGCUACCGGUUGUCCGGUGGAUCAACUUGGCGGUGGUAAUGGUACACCACCUCAUCGUGUGCUUAUUGCCUCCGAAGAGCAGUUCAAAGUAUUUUCUCUGCCUCAAUUGAAACCCAUUAACAAAUAUAAAUUGACUGCAAAUGAGGGAGCACGUGUUAGACGCAUACACUUUGGCUCAUUCUCAUGCCGUGUACCCAGCGAGAUUAUACAAGGUGCAAUGGCUAAUAGUUCGCCCACUAAAUCGACACGUUCACAAGACAAUAAUGAACCCGCAAAUACCAGUUUAGCCUCAGGUGGCGGUGUGGGUGGAGAACAUUAUCAAGAAAUGGCUUUAAUUUGCCUUACAAAUUUGGGCGAUAUUAUGGUUCUAUCCGUGCCCGAAUUAAAGAGACAAUUGAAUGCUGCUGCUGUUAGAAGAGAGGAUAUUAACGGCAUUUCCUCCCUUUGCUUUACAAAUGCUGGCGAAGCUUUGUACAUGAUGUCUUCCUCUGAACUACAACGCAUAUCAUUGGCCACCUCUAAGGUUGUCAACCCUGAGGGCACCAUAACUGUAGAACCUUUACAAACCAUCGAAUCUGCAGAUACUGAAACUGCUGAUCAGACAUCAGUUAAAGAUGAAGGAGAUGCUGAAGUUCCUACAGCUACAAAACGUACCGUUACCUCCUCUACAACUUCGGCGAAAAUUAAUGAAGUUAAUAUUGAUCAUGCCGCCGGGCUAACAAAUGGUGUGAGCGAGGGUAAUUCACCCAACCGGGCUAAUGAAACUAUUACUAGUUCCAUGGGCGAUAUAACAGUCGAUUCUGUUAGAGAUCAUUUGAAUACAACAACAACCACUUUAUGUUCUACCACCACCGAAGAGACAGUUGGCCGUUUAUCUGUUAUGAGCACACAGACAAAUCAAACGUUAACUAGUGUUAAUAUGAAGGAUAUUAACGAUUUUAAUAUACCCAAUUUAAUGGAUUUAGCACCUUUGAGUAAUACAACUGAAACCAGCACAAGUUCGGUAGUAAUAAAAUCCGUAAUUACCAGUGUCUCGCAUGAAAAAACCAACGGUGAAGCCGAAGUUAUAACAACAAAAACUACAACACACGAAGAAAGUCAAUUCUAAAACAACAACAACAAAUAAAUAAUAUAUAUUAAAUCAUAUAUAGCGCACUGCACUCUAGAGAUUUGAAAUGAUUAAUUAAACUCACCUUUUUAUGACGCCUCCUGCAUGGUAUAUUUUACUAUAUAGGUUUAAGUUCUUUUUCCCCUGUUUUAUGUUUCUUUCUCUGUUUAUUUUACGAAAUCUAUUGUCUUUAGAUUCUCUGUUAAACUAUGUUAAAUUCUAUAGGAGUUAGUUUUAUACUUUAGUUUUAGAUUUUCUGUCCAUUUUUUUUAGAUCUUUAGGUUUUCUUUCACAUUCGCAUUUUUUUCAUAAAUAACGGAGAACGGCCGUUCAAAGAAAAAAAAAAUAAAAUAUUUCAAAAAUUCUUUAUUCAUUUACUUUGUACACAUCUAAAUACAUACAUAUAUUAUUAUUUUUUAAACUUUUUUAAGUAUUACUUUUAUCUCUUAAAAGCACAUUUCACUUGAAACAUUUUAUUUGAAAUACAUUUUAUUUUUUUUAUGAGAAAUUUAAUUUUAACAUUAUUUAAAAACAAACAAAAAAUGAGCAUUUAUCACAAAAAAAUAAUAAGAAAAAAAAAUCAUUAAAAAAACGUAAAGUACAACUCCGCAAUUGCCUUAUGUACUUUUUACAAACAAAUUUUAAAUAUUAAACAAAAUAAUUAAAUAUGGCAAUAUGUAAUUGUUUACUUUUUCCAAUAGAUUAUACAAAUAUAUUGUCUCGUUGUUGCAUAUUCUUUUUCUUUUCAUUAUUCCGAGCCUCCUCAUUUAGUAGUUUACUCUUGUACGCAUUUCAAAAUUUAUUAUUUUUUUUACCAUACUUUUUAAAUCAAACAUAUUUUUAUAUAUAUAAAAUGUAUAUCAACAGAAUAACUAAAAACAAAUCAAUUUGUAUGUGGAAUAAUAUUUUUGGACUUUUUAUAUAUUUAAAAUAUAAUUUUUUAUAUUUAUAUUAAAAAUAAUAAAAAAAAAAUCGUUAAAAAACCCAACAUAA